AUGUCCUCACCGUCCGAAUUCCUCACCUUCUACCGCCGGGCUGUUACAUCGGCACCACGAAUUCUCCGCGCCGUAGAACCGACGUUCCGACCUACACUCCGGAGCUUCGCCGUCUCAACAGGAUGUCGAAAGGAACUCAGCACGAAUGACAAGACUAAGACGGACAAGUAUCCCGACGACGAGCAUAGCAUCAACAAAGCGAAGAAAGGUGAUGAGUACGAUGUCCAGACAAGCAACCUGAAGGAUGGUAUUGAAGAAGCAAAGCGACGUGACCUCGAGUGGGGUGACAAAGUCACAGAGCUUAAACGUGAGCUCUAUAAGUUCAAGAGAACGGUUCGAGAGAUGGAGGAAAAGAAGAACAAGCAAUCAAAUAACAGCGCUGAGGGAGGCGAUCGAACCAAGCGCAAGGCGGCCGACAAGCGGGCAUCCGCCGGCGAUGACGACUACGUUGAUAUGGGGGAUUCUUCCGACGUUGAGGAAGAGUAUGAUGAGAAUUUAGUCGACCCCACCGAGACUCAGGACUACUUGCACUCACCAACCCCUGGGCAGGAUGAUGCUUCGGAAGAUAAUGGGUCUAAUGUUCAGGAGAAUGAAUUCUCGCUCCAUCGCCACCACUCGCGCAGGCGCAGCAUAAGCCGCACACAAUCCUCGCAGCCUAUCGUUAUCGGAGACGAGGAGUUCGAGAACGAGGAGGAUAAGUGUGAGUCCACUCGGAGCCAGCAAAAAGUCAUCGCAGUAGAUGACGCUUCCGAAGAUGAGGAGGAUCAGGAUCCCGGGUCGCUCUACCACGUACCACUGGAGCUCUCCCCUGCGCCUGCUGAUGAGCCUAUCGACCACGGAGACGGUAUCCUUGCUGGAGAGGAGGAUGGGCAUGUUGUUGCAGAGGAAAAAGCCGGGUCUGCUCAUGAAAAUUAUGCAGAUAAAGACAAGAACAUUGACACGACGGUUACCAUGCAUGGAACGUGUGAGGUAAACUGGGCCGAGUUGACGGCCGAGAAAACCGAAAAGAUCAUCAAGCUCAAUACCGACAUGACCCUGCUUACGGCCCGGCAUAAAAUCAACUUAGGUAAGCUCGAAGAGGAGCACCGCGCCGAGGUCAAAAAGCUCAAGGACGAAUACAAGUCUCUUGAAAAGAUAGCUUUCCCUGAGCUAGACAUAGAUCCACGGGACGACGCCGCUGUCGAUGCUGCUCUUGGCAAUAUGGAGAACAAUACUGCUGGCGACGGAAGCAAGACCACCGAAGAGCUCGCCGUCGGCUCUGAGGCUAUGGUGUCGAUAGAUGAAAUUGAUGGAAAGGGAGGCUUCGUUUACAAGACCGACCAGACUUCGGGAGGCCAGCACAAGGUUGUACAGAUCAACGCUAGUAGAACGAGGCGCGGCCUUAACGCGAUCAAGAGUGGCGCUGUCGACAAAGGAGAUGGAUCCGCUAUCCAAGAGCCCGCCCUCCACCACGUCCUUGAUGGCGGGCAUAUCACCACCCCAGCAUCCGUCGUCAAAGAAUUUGAGACGUUGAAGACAUCGUCAUGUGGUGCAUCCGCCGACACGCCAAAAGCGAACAAAAAGGGCAAAGAUCGCGCGCCCGAGGUCCAGCACCUCCCCCCGAACCAGACAACGGGACUAGAGGCGGAAAGUCAACAAUUUGUCUCUCAGAACAACUCUGUCCGUCAGACACGAGCAGCUAGCCGCAAUUCCAGUGUCGCUGAGGUCCAAGGACCUACAAUCCCUGCCCGCUCAGUCAAAGUUGACUCUUUCAACAUUCCCGCCAAGUCUGCGAGCACAGCCAGCACACAGAUGCGAAAUGACCACGCCCAGCUGCGAGAUCGGAAGUCAAUACGGCCCGAGCUUUCCCGUGAGCAGCAGCUCAACAUCCUCAACAUAUGUACACAUCAUCAACAAGGCAAUUGCUGCCGAGCUCUUCAUCUGCCUCAAGGUGAAAUAGAUCAGCUGCUGGUUCCUUACGUCGCUCCAAAGCCUCUGAAGAUGGUGUUAGGUAGAGAUAUCGAGGCAAAGCUCAAAGAGGAGGGUAUAUGCCAUGUUUACCAUCUUGGCUUUUGCUGUAAACGUGCCUAUGUGUCUAAAGAAGAGGCCGACAAGCAGAUCAUCAACGAGCGCAAUGUGAUUCUGCGACAUUCCCGUGUAGCUCAGCGUGAACGCAGCGCCGCUAGCUAG